UAGUUGGCAGGGGUUUUCCUUCUCCCAUUUAUACUCCAGUCCAGUUGAUGGCGGUAAUGCAACGUUAAUAUUGGAUGCCAACCGGAAUUAAACCUACUGAAUACGUCGUCUCCCGGAAAACCAAACAAAAAAGUAGUAAACGGAAGUGAACAAUAAUUUCAAAGUUUGCGUUUUAUUGUUGUAUUUAGACGUUUAUUAACACCCUACAAAUCAACAUAUGACUCAUUUAACGGCACAGCAUCACAUACUUACCCAAGGUAGGGUUUAAUUCGCGUUGGAAACAGGACUUAAAUUAUAGGUUUUAUAUAAGUAACGCUAGCUAGCUGUUAACGUUAGCUAAUAAUGGCUAACUGUAUGGUUUUUCACACUCAAAUAGCCUCCAUCAUGGAAGUGCUAGCGAAUGCAGCCGUGGCAGACAUCUGUAAACUCGUAGACGACGACUAUGCAGUGUUUCGUUUGGAAAUAACUCAAAGCCAGAAAGAAAACGGGGCAUUACGGAGGAAACUACAGCUAUUGGAACUGAAGGUGGCACGGGAGCGCGCAGAGAGGACAAUGACGCGAGGGCGCGUCGUCCCAGGGACUACUACUUCGAGUAGUGUCAAUAUCCUGGACCGAUACAGAGGAAUGGCAAGAGGUGAAGGACAUCGCACUGAAGGCCACAGGAGCUUUGUGAAGCCAGCAGGACACAAUACAUGGAGAUAUGACCAACCAAUCACUGUUGAUGAGAGGAGUGGAACCUCAACCCAGCAGGUUAUCAUGAUAGAGUCUGCAGAGGCUGAUGGUCCUGAGGUCAAGCUGGAGAGGUCUGAAGGAGAGGUGGACCCACAGCAUAGCAGAGACAUCCAGACUGGAGCGCCCCCUGUAGCCACGGAUGACCCCACCACCGCCCCAGUGCAGCCCAGGACCAGACGCAGCAUCACGGAGGUCAGUGGAACGCCGGACGCCGUCCUCAAGUCAGAGACCGAGACUUUAACGGGGCUGGGGCGACUGGGCUGUCCUCCUGCUCCCCGCUCAGAGUAUUCACUUUACGGUAACCCGAGCCCGAGGACGGUUCUAUCACAUCAGGACACAGGUGACGCGUUACAGACUGGCAAUGAUCCGUCAUGUUCAUACGCUACAGAGACCGAGAUGACACCUAGUGAUAUAUCUGUGGACUUAGAUACACAUACUGAUCCAAUGAGAGGGGACUGGAACCGGUACAGUAGUAGUGUAUACUCUGAAGGGUGCCUAAAUAAGAAAGGGGAGGUUAUAGUCUUAGAUGACAUGAUUGUGAAAGUGGAGGACGACACUCCUCUGACAUGGAAUGCAAUCGAAACUCACUUAGGACACUCGCAGGGCAACACCAGUGACUUCUUAGAUUACAGGGAAAGCUUAGAGACAAAUCCAAAUGUCGCAACGCACUCCCCUUUACACGCGUUCAGGGAUCGCGACCCAGUGUCCACGUCAAUGGGGCCUUCCGAUUCACACGGCCGCGUUCUUUUUGAUCAGGUACUGAACUCAAACGACAGGGCUAGAGCCCAGGCUCAGAGAGGGGGCGCAAUAUCAGGCAAUACAAAAGAGAAACGGUUCCUCUGCAAGUUCUGUCACAAAGGCUUUAGCUGCCUCCAGAAGGUGGAGAGUCACCAGAGGGUCCACACAGGGGAGAAAUCCUUCAGCUGUACCCAGUGUGAGAAGAGGUUCUCCCACCAGCACCACCUGAAGAGGCACCAGCGGGUCCACACAGGGGAGAAACCCUACAGCUGCCCCCAGUGUGAGAAGAGGUUCUCCCGCCAGGACCAGCUGAAGAUGCACCUGAAGGUCCACACUGGAGAAAGGCCAUUCGCCUGUACACACUGCGGGAAAAGGUUCUCAGAGAGGAGCUACCUCAGGACACACCAGCAAAAACACCAUUCAACUCUAUAACAUAGAAAGUAAACAUUCCACUCGAUAGCUUCUGACGUUUAAAUCAAACCCUGCAUUAAAGACAAAGGUGAAUUUUCAUUGUUGCCAUUAGAAAAUAUCCACAGAUGCAUUUGGAAUAACAGAUUUCAGUGUUGAAUAUUCCUGGGUAGAAUAUUGCAUCCAGACAUUGUGUGAUAUAUAAGGCAUAUAUAAGCAUAAAAAGUCUGUUACAUGUUGUGUUUCUACUGUGGUGGAUAUAUAAUGUUCAUAAAUGCCUAUUUCAUUACUUCCAUUCAACUACUUAAUUUUUUUCCCUAAACACUUUUGAGAAGAUGAAUGCAGUAUCAAGUUCAUGCAUAUUUUUUGUUGUGAUGUGUGGUUUUCAUAUGGUGUAUUUAAAACUUGUUUAUGUUUAAUAAACAUAUAAUGGGACUUUUCAUUAAGACUUUUAUUCACCCCCCUUGAAUUUCCUCAAAUUUUGUAAUAAAGUAUAAUUAAAA